AUGUUUCUUUUUCUAGAGAUCAUCAAGCAGCAGCAGCAGCAGCAGCAGCAGCAGCAGCAGCAGCAGCAGCAGCAGCAGGGAGAGCAGCAGCAGCAGCAGGAACACGCGGGAGAAGAAGCAGAUGAGGGGGAGAUGCAGACUCAACUCCUCUCAGUUGGCACGCGGCGAACCCUUGACCAGCUGCGUCUGGCUGUGCUUGGGUAUGGGGGCCCCCCUGGGGGCCCCCCUGGGGGCCCCUUGGGGGACCCCCACAGAUACCGCAGCAGCAAAAGCCUCAACAGGAGGCCCCUCGACCCCGAGCUGCUGCAGCAGGUAGCCGAUGAGGGUUUUGCUUUGCUGCUGAUAGAAAGGAGACUGAGACAACACCAGCUCAUGCCCAAGAGUAUACUGGGGGGCUCAGGGGUGCAUGCGCUGCUCUUCGAUGAGACAGCGCCACGGAACGCCUGGCGGGUUGACAGGGAGAAGUCUGCGGCUCAGCUGCGGGAGAACCUGCAGACGGCCUUCAACACCUAA